GGAAGUGUCUCAACGAACCGGGGACUUCUGCCGGCUGAGCCUUGGAGUUACAGCGACUUUUACGCACGGCUCCUGCCUGUAUGCCUCUGCUUUCUACUUGAAAAUACGGGAUUGGCUUCCCCUGUGAAACACCUCCCUACCUAUGAUGGCUUUCACUAUGCUCAGGCCGGUGUCGACGCAUCCCUUCUCCUACCCCGCUGACCUGACCUUGAUGUCGGACGACGAGGAGGGGAACCGCAGCGAGAGCGACGGCAGCACGGACCAGGGCUACGGUUGCUGCGGGACUGUGGGGGAGAGUUACCUGCGGGAGUCCGGCGGCGUGGUGCGGCAGCGGAACGCCGCCAACGCCAGGGAGAGGUACCGGACCCAGAACGUCAACACGGCCUUCACUGCGCUGCGGACACUCAUCCCCACGGAACCGGUGGACAGAAAGCUCUCCAAAAUCGAGACGCUGCGCCUGGCGUCCAGCUAUAUCUCACACUUGGCAAACGUGCUGGUGGUCGGGGACGGGAGGGAGGACGGCCAGCCGUGCCUUAGUGCUGUCUACAAGGAGGUGAAGGGGGGUGGAGAAGGCAAACAGCCCCGGACUAUCUGCACAUUCUGCCUCAGCAACCAGCGGAAAGGGGUGAAAGACAGACGAGACUGUGUGAAAAUGCAUGGAAGCAGUGCAAGACAAAUGAGUCGGCGAUGAACCUGUGUGACUUGGAGAAGGAUUGGAUCUCUUCAGAGCAGACCUCCACCGACCAUGCCUAGAGUGUAGAAGCAUCUCAGCACCUCAACAGUCUGUUUGGACUACUCCGACUUUUUUUGGGAGUUUGGUUGAUUGGUCACUUUACCCAGUAUGAGAUAUGAGUGUUGGCACCAAAACCAUCUGUGUGUUUCCAGCAGAUAGAGGAACUCUUUUCAGUGCGCUAUUGCAUGUCAUAGGGGAACAUUGUGAAAGUGAGAAAAUUAGAGCGUAGAGCUGCUAUGAUACAGCCUGCUGCCAAAUGACAGACUUUCCAGACAUGUUCAGUUGAAGUAGACAUACAGUCAAACUCUACAGGACGAAUUGUCUUAUUUAAUCAGGAAGUGAGUAAAGUCAGACAGGUUUUUGCCUUCUUUAUUUGUACUUUACUAAUGAUGAAUGAGGGGGAGAAAAUGUUUACAGCAGUUUCAAAUCUACAGGCCAUAAAAAUACAACAUUAACUGCUCUGGAUUACUGAAUGGUUUAUAAUUAAGAAACAGCAUGCAUAAUGCUAAUCACAUAUUAUAACUUAAAGGAACAAUCCACAGUCAAAAUAUAAAUAAAAUGAUAUAUUAACCAUUCAUUAUUUGAUAAUGGAUCUUUAGAUAUUAAUACUUCAACAUCAGCAUGACUGCUGUCCACGCAGAUCUAUCAGGGACACAGAAUGCCUGGGUAAAGGACUGAUGAGACAAACUCCCACAAAGGUUUGCAUCAUUCUUUAAGAUGUAACUAAGAUGAUUUGGGGAAACUUGGCUCACAGACCUGCAGCCUGCAGCAGAGCGGCUUGAGGAGUGAUACGGGAGAGGACAGGCCACUCCAUCCACCUACGCUGGUGUUGUGAAGGUGUGUGCAACAGGACAUAUCCGUGGGACACUAUUUUGUUUGCUUUUUCAUUUCAUGUUGUAAUCUACUUUGAAUUAAAUUUAUUUUUACAUAGA